UUCAAUAAAAGUCUUUUAAUAAAAGAAGUAAAAAAUUCAUUAAAGUUUGCUGAUGGGAAAGCAAUUAAGAAUGAAAUCGAUAUUCAACUGCUGGACCUAUCCGUACCAAAGAAAGAGACUAAUGCUGUAUUGUUACCAAGAUUUGAAAUAUUGGAUGAAUUAAACCAUGCAGAUUUAUUUUACGAUCAAUUACCUGAAACGGUCACUAAGAAAUUUUCCAAAACAACACAGAUUGUGGACAUGAUUAAAUCGAAAAUACACUUUCACAAACCUGGAGAAAACUACAAAACUGAGGGCUACAUUAUUACCUCGAAUACUUUUGAAUUACUAAAGAAACAUCUACUUACAACUGAAGGAAAAGUGAUCACACGAUUUCCUCCAGAGCCAAAUGGAAUUCUACAUGUUGGACAUGCAAAGGCAAUCAACAUUAAUUUUGGAUACGCUGCGGCAUUUAACGGAUAUUGUAAUUUACGGUAUGAUGACACAAAUCCAGAAAAGGAAGAAAAAAAGUUCUUUACUGGAAUCUUAGAUAUUGUAAAAUGGCUUGGUUAUGAACCUGCGAAUAUUACUUACUCCUCUGAUAAUUUUAUUACUUUAUUUCAAUGGGCAAUUGAAUUAAUUGAAAAAGACUUAGCUUACGUGUGUCAUCAGAGUAUUCUUCAAAUAAAAGGAUUCAACCCACAGCCAAGUCCUUGGCGAUACAGAUCUUCAUCAGAAAGCUUAAAUCUUUUCCAAGAUAUGAAAUAUGGAUUGAUAGACGAGGGUGAAGCAACAUUACGUAUGAAAGUUACUCUAGAAGAAGGGAAGCAAGAUCCAGUUGCAUAUCGAAUCAAGUACUCUUAUCACCAUAGGACAAAAAAUGAUUGGUGCAUUUAUCCUACGUAUGAUUUCACCCACUGCCUUUGUGAUAGCAUUGAAAAUAUUACUCAUUCAUUGUGUACAAAAGAAUUUCAAUCAAGAAGAUCUUCUUACUAUUGGUUAUGUAAUGCUCUUGAUAUCUACUGUCCAGUGCAAUGGGAGUAUGGAAGAUUAAAUGUUAGUUAUACUGUUAUAUCAAAAAGAAAAAUUUCUAAAUUGAUAGAAAAAAAAGUAGUUGAUGACUGGGAUGAUCCAAGACUGUUUACCCUUUCAGCCUUACGACGUCGUGGUUUUCCUCCUGAAGCUAUUAAUCAGUUUUGUGCUCAACAGGGCGUCAGUGGAGCACAAUCUAUUGUCGAUCCUUCUGCUCUUGAAGCAAACGCUAGGGACUAUUUAAAUAUUACGGCAAAACGAUACAUGGCCGUUAUAGAACCCCUUAAAUUGACAAUAUGCAACUACCCGUACAGCAAACCUAAAACUUUGAACAUACCAGACUUUCCCGCUGGAACUAAGGAAGGCAGUCAUCAAGCUGUUUUCGAUCACGUCAUCUACAUUGAUUCUUCUGAUUUUCUGGAGCAAGCUGAUGGAAAUUUCAAAAGAUUAACCUUAAAACAAUCAGUUGGAUUAAAGUAUGUGGGUAUUGUAAUAACAGUAAAAAAAGUUAUACGAAAUACAGCUGGCUCAAUAGUUAAUGUAAUUGUUACACAAGAGGAUGUAUCUGAAAAGAACAAACCAAAGGCCUAUAUACAAUGGAUUUCGCGACCCAAAUUAGUCUGCAUUCGGUUUUAUAAUAAACUGUUUCAGCACAGAAAUCCAGAAGACAUAAAUGAUGUACCAAACGGAUUUUUAAGUGACAUAAAUUACAGAAGCAAAAAAGAAACGUAUGCAUACAUUGAUAAAUAUUUUGAAAAAUUGUUAAAACCUUUCAAUAAAUAUCAAUUCGAAAGAAUAGGAUUCUUCUCAGUCGAUCCUGAUACACGAUACGACAAGGUUGUUUUUAACAGAACAGUCACAUUGAGAGAAAGCGCUUUAAAGAUAUAAAUGAACGUUUUUUUGUGAACGAAGAAAGUGUUAUGAGCUUUCCUAUUAGAUAAUCCAUGCUCUCGCAUAAAACUCAACAUCUUUAAUUUUUCUAGUGUAUUUAUUAAGAUUAUAAAAAUUAAAUAAAUAAGAAUACAAGGCAAGGAAAUCUUUGACAUACACAAAAAUGAAAAAUUUACCAUGAUUGUAAACACAGUACCAAGAUGUAGCUUACACAUAUGAAAAUAAUAAAAAAAAAUUUAUC